CGGCACACCUGCCUGCAGCAGCAGCAGCAGUUUGACUUGUGCGAGGCGCAGGGGCAGUAGUACAGAGUUGGUUGAGGUGCUGCAGCGUGCGAUCACGGUCGCCGCGGCCAAUCGUUUUGCCAUUGGCCGCCUCCGCCGCUGCCGCCGUCACCGUCGUUUCCGUUGAUUUGUCUCACUUAGUGUGCUGUCCCUUAUCUGAGUCCCUGUCGAGAGCGUUGUAUGAGCCAUUUUUCCCUUGUGUAUGUGUGUGCAUGCUGAUUAUUUAACUCUGUCCCCUGGUUCACUCGCACUAUUCGUCCUGGCCAGUUAUUCAUCGAUCUGUCGUCUAUCGCCGUGCUUCAUAGCACAACUGUAGUUGGAGUGAAUCAACGAGCAGUGAACCCAGUUAGUUCCGCACACGAUGUAGCGAUUCCGUGCCGCAAUACUAAUAACGACAACAACGGAGCAACAGCAGCAGUAAAGUUUCAUAACUUGCUCACAAGGGAGCAGUAGAUAACCGUCGUGUGAGGAGUGAAAACUGUACUCCCACUGUUGCGGCUGCUGCUUGCUGACAGCGAGAGCAGCAGCUGCUGCUGCUGCUGCUGCUGCUCUUGGCGGUGUUGCCUCCGAACAGUUGCUGUUAUGUUCCGCAAGUGCUGGUAUGGUAUGGAGUAGAUAGGGAAGCGGCACAUGGGCAGAUCUGUUCUAGUGUAGAAAAUUGAUGCAGCAUUAUCACCGCUGUGCAAAUCGGUGGAUUUUUCCUCGCUGUCUAUCUGCGUGCGCUUGUGAACGUCCGUAUUCUGUGAGUUGCUUCGUUCGUGUGCUGCCAAUCCGUUGAGACUUGGCGCACACUUGGAGUGACUUGUUAUGGCGCCGAGGAAAUCGGAUGGACGAUCUGGGGGGGCGCGGCCGGUGGAACGCGCGUCUACCUCUAAUUUUACCACUACUACCACCGGCGCCACUACAACAACUGCCUCCUCCAUCACCCCCGUCAACAGCAGCAGCAGCAGCAGCGGCAACAACACUGGAACCUCCGUCGGAGCUGGAACUACACCCGUCACUGCUGCUGCUGAGACGAAUAAUAAUAAUAGUAAUAAUAACACUAGUGGCUGUAGCAGCAGCAAUGCAUCUAAUGGAAGAAAAGUUCCAGCGGAACAACUUACAGAGCAUCAGCUAUUUCUACAGGCAUUUGAAAAGCCAACGCAGAUCUACAGAUACCUUCGAACGCGGCACAUGGUGUUGCCACUCUUCUUACAACGGAGUUUAACUUACAUGCCGAAAAGCCCGUCAAUGCCAACGCAAGGUUCUGGUGCUCAGAGCCCGAUGUCCGCUCGAGAGAAGAGGGAGCAAUUUCGAGUAGAUACUUUACUAGACCGAGCGUUACAACGGAAAUUGCCCACCCUUGGACCUCUUCGACUUCAAUUGGGAGGCGUCCGCGAUGGAUCAGCAAUUCAGGAUAGUGUUGAACUUAACAUGGCAGUGGUCAAAGCAAAUAACUCGAAGACAGGCCAUGUAGCAAAGGUUUUCACGCACUCCUGUAUCGUACGCCGAAACCAGUCCGCAGCAUCUGGCGAAGUCACUAUUCCCGAAGAAGCAUUUCACCCGCUUCAAGACCCGUCGAAGCGCUGUGUAUUUACAUUAUUGUUUGUGCUAUCUCUUCGUCAACCACAAAAUAGCCUUUUAAACAAGACGCACACGGGCAAGAAUUCGAUCGACUCAGAUGACCAGUCUGAUUCGGAAGCCACCGACACUGAAAGUUCGCUGGAAAGCACCCCAAAAAGAAGCUGUGUCAUGUUAACACUUACCGGAGAAUUAGUGAUUUACGAUGAGACGGGGCAGUGCCAACUAGCUGAGGGCGAUUAUAAAAUUUUACUACGAGAGCAUGUCCCUCAGAAUAUUACUUCCACACACUGGGUCACAGUGCCGGCUAACACCGCCUUAAAGGCACUUCCUCACGAGAUUCCAUCCCUUGAAUUGAAUCUAUCGUGGGGAAAUGAUGACAUACGUAAACAAUGCCAACCCUCAAAGGAUCGACGAGAGGUCAAAAAGGAAACGGUGGCUCAAUCACCUGUCGUUCAGGAGCGUCGGCAAACGCACGUAUAUUACCAAUUCAUCUUUCAAAGCAAUAGCCGGCAAAUCACCGAGGCGCGAGGAGAUCUGCGUUGCCCAUGGUGCUAUGUCGACUGUCGUAGACUCUACUCACUACUCAAGCACUUGAAGCUUUGUCACUCGCGGUUCAAUUUCAACUAUACGCCAUAUCGGGGAGGUGCCAAGAUCGAUGUGUCAGUAAACGACGCAUACGACGGAAGCUACAUGGGUAACCCGCAACGAUUGGUAAGACGUGGACCAAAUGGCGGAUCUCAAUUUCCACUACGGCGUACACCUAUCACGUACUUCAUGGUGUGCCGCCCACAACGACCUCUUCCGACGUUGUCCGAGUUUCUACAAGACUACCAAGAAGAGCUCGGUCUAGGUCUAAGCGGUGGCGGGCUAAAAAUGGGCGCUACGGUUGGUCACAAUCGCGCAUACUUCCAUUCGCACACGUGUAUGCCGAUUAAGCCCGAGGAGUUCGAUUAUGAUAGCGAGAGGGAAAAUGAUCCACCAUGGCUGCGUGAAAAAACUCAGCGUAUGCUGGACGAGUUCACUGACGUGAAUGAUGGUGAGAAGCUUCUCAUGAAAAUGUGGAAUCUUCAUGUCAUGCGAAUGGGCACCGUGGCGGACUGCCACGUACCCCAUGCCGUCGCUACCUUUAUAGAGAAACAUGGUGCUGCCAUAAUGGCGCAACAUCUUUACAGGAACUUGCUGCUGCAUUUAGCAAAUUUGCUCGAAUUUGGCCUAGUUUCAUCGUCCGAGCUAUAUACGAGUGCUCGUCGGUUGCAGUUAUUUGCACCGAAACAUUUCUUUUCAAGCAAACAGCAGCAACAGCUACAUGCGACUAUCAUCACAGGAACGUCAGCAAGCUUAACAACUGUAAAUGGCUCCCGAGGGUCUAUUCUGGACGGCCCAGCGUCUGCCGGUGGCCAAUCUGGUGGCAAAUAAAGCCAAGAACAGAAUUUAUAAUAAUGUUGUUGGUAAAUGAAUGUUGUCAGUGGACGGGACAUACAGAAACUGGAAACUAGGUGUAUUUACUGUACAUCAAAGCGUCAUCUAGAAACCUAAUGAAUCCAUGUAAUGUUGAAGAUACGAUAUGAAACGAACUUUCGAAACCAGCAAGCCACUUUCGUUCAAAAAAAGAUGGUUUCAAGGAGAAUUUAUCCAAUGAAAUUAACAACAAGUUGUAAAUGGUACCCGCGUGCGCAAACGAAGUAUGUGAUUCUCUGAAUGCAGCCCAUAACUGUAUUGGAUUAGUCACGUUAAAACCAAUAUAGGGUCAGUAAGUAAUCGAUGAAGAUUAUCAAUAUACUCAACAUAUUAUAGAGUAUAUACGCCAUGAUUAUUGUUGUUAUUAUUAAGAACUGGCGAAAAAAAUUGGCAAAAUUAAGUUUUCAAGGUAACAUAAAAUUGCGAAAAUUCUGUAGGCAAGCCCAACGAAACACGAUCAAACAAGCACGCCACUGCUGUUACCGAUUACCAUCAAGCAGCAUUACUAUUAAUAUAAAAGGGAGAGAGACAAGGAAUCUGAUUAUUCUUUCAGGUUUAUACAGUAUCAUAUCAACGGUGAAAUGAAUCAGCUAUUGAAAUAAAAAAAUGGAAACAACUGCCCUCGACAAAAAAAACUUGAAGUUAACAACGAUUGAUUGACGCACAUAAAAGAAAAGCCAAUGAUUGCUAUUAUACUUGCCUGUGUGUAUGCGGUUUUUGUGCAAAGAUUAGUUUUACCGUUUGUUCACGUUGAACCUGGUAUUCUUAAAAUCUUAGAUAUGUAUACAAAAAGAUUAUGCGUAACAUCAAAAUUUAAAGGAUCAUGUGUCUCCGAUUUCACAUUUAAAAGCCCCACAACCGGCCUCUGGCACUAUAUACUUGUACAGUUAUUACAACACUUAACACAACAGUCCAGUGAGCACACAAGUGAUUUACUGACUUAGGGCGUUGGAGUUAACGGAAUGCUGCAAAUCGUGUCUGAAUGGAAGGAAUACUGUGAAUAGGCGAUAAUGGAUUUGCAUGGGUGAGAGUUUGAAAAACUCGUAAAAGUGACAGAGAGAGAGAGGAGAGGCAGUGAGUCGGAAACGUGCGUGUGAGAGGGUAAGCUCGUCUCCUGUUAAUUGUAUAUAAGAAACACUAUUGUAAACUUUAGUUAGAUUAUAAAUUAAUAAUAAGGUGACUUGAUUGAUUAAUGUGCGAUCUGACGCCAUUCGUUAAAAAAAAAUAAGUUGAUGGUGAGUACAUAAAAAAAGUUAUUCGUUCGAGGGUGAAGAAUAAAGUUGACAGGAAGAAACUAAUAAGCGGAUAAACUUAA